AUGGCGGAGGUGGUAGAAGUAAGGGAGGAAGGGAACGAGGGGAGUGUCGACUCAAGUUUCUGCGAGAUUGAGUUCGAGCUGGAGCAAGGGAAGGACGCCUCGUUCUACGAGAUGAACCGAGUGAAGAUCUACAUCAAAGAGCCUCUCCUGAACCCUGUGCUCAUCAUCAACAUGGAGUCUGACUCUGCCCCCUUCCAACGCCUCUCCCUGGACAUGACGUACACGUCUAAAUCGUCAGACCCAGUGCAGUGUUUGGAACCAAGUCAGGGGGAGGUCAUCAGGUUUGAUCUGCAUCAGAGCUUCCUCUCCUCCGCCUUCUUCAAGUCCCAGCGGGUCGAUCGGAUCAAAGCAUGCUUCCACUUCGUCCUUGCUGACAAGAGCGAGGGCAGUGUUUCAAGGUUCUUGUAUUCCCGUACAGCGUCGGCGUCAUCGAUGUUGGGUCUGAACAACAAGAUCAAGAUCAAGUUUGCUCUGAGAGUGCUCCGGGUUGGGAACAACCUCUUGCAACUCAUUCUGGAGGAUGCUUUCUACCGCCAGGACCUCUUCGAACAUCACCGCAAGUUGCAGAUUACCUUCGACAAAGAAACAAACUACCUUGAGGUCCAUCAGGUGUUGGGCAUGUGGCUGAUGUUUGGGAUCGUCUUCUCGCGCGAGAGGAAGCCCAGGGAUCACUGGCACUCAAGUUUUUGGCCUCACCAUCCCCUGACCUACUGCGGUCCGAUGCCGUAUCCCUUCCUCGACAAGGAUGACGCCGCUUCCAUUCUGCGAGCCGUCAUGCGCUCGUUCCAGGACUUGGAUGAUUGCCCUGGGAUCGGCUUCGCCUUGUAUCAGAAAGCUCUUCAGCUGGCGGGCAAGCGGCUGAACGUGAGGAUCCGGGUAUCAGGAAUCAGCAAGAGCAACUUGCAGCAGAACUACCUGAGGCUCCUUCGCCCUCUGGCAGAAAAUCCUGACGUGGAGAAGGAAAAGAUGGACAUCACCGACAUCGUACUGGACAAGAAGCAGUUCAAGAAUGAGGCAGAGAAGCUGAUGUCGCUCUUCAUGAUCGAUGCCGAUCACUUGCCCGAGCUCAGGGAAGAGUUCCUGCUCCGAGGGAACGACCUCGAGUUUGAGGACAUGGUCGACGUCUUCAAAGAGAAAUUCGGAGGAAACGUCAGCCGCGAGUCGAUGUCUCUGAUAUUCCGAAACAUCGACUCCAACAGCUCAGGCUCCAUCUCCUGGGAAGAAUUCAUCGACACCAUCCUGCGUGUCGCCUCUGCCGCCUACUCGGGCGAGGAGGCGAACAGAGACACAGCAGAAACUCUCUUUGAGUCUGUGGUGGCGGAGGAUGCUCUUGUUGUUGUUACAACCCUCUCCUUGAAGGAGGGAGAGGACCAUAAAAAACAGCAUGUUCUCGACAGGAUUGACACGUUGAUCAUAUUGGCGGUGAUCAGCAUCAGCAGCAUAAUCCUCUCCUCCACAUCUUCCUCGUCCAAAGAGGAAGAUGUGCUCGUCGAGGACGACGACAACGACUACUUGAUCAUCAAGACCUGGGAGCCAUGGUCGGGCAAGAACGUGGGGAACUUGAGAGGACAUCUCUCCUCCGUCAUUUCCCUCCUCUUCCUCCGUAACCGAGAGAUCCUCCUCUCCCUCGACGCCCACUCGGUCAUCAAGUGGUGGAGCACGAGCGGCAACCAGCUCCUCGGCUCCAUCCCCUGCCUCCUCGAUCCUAUGCUCUCCAACAGAGUCAGGGUGACCCGCAUGGUGGCGGCGAGGGGGAGGGCAGGGAGGAACGACUAUGUGAUACUUGGAGGAAAGAGCUUGUUUGUGUGGAAGCUUAAGUUCCUGGAGCAGAGCGCAAAGAAAGAAAUCACUCUUGCAGGGCAGGAGCACAAGAAUCCUAUCCUCGCCACUCUUUUCUCGCAGACUUUCUCUCAGAUUCUCAGCAUCGACAGCAGCGGGCUGGUCUGCUCGUGGGACGUCAGCAGCGGCAAGCAGAUCACGUGGUUCCGUGCGAGGACGAGCACGGGGGCAGAGGAGGAGACGAACUCCAAGAGCACGGGAGAGGAGAGGAGGAGGAGGCAGCCGGAGGGGGGGGCUGAAGAGAGGAGGGGAAGGGAGGCAGGAAGGGAGCAGGGCGGGAAGGCAACCAGGAGGGCGUCGUCCGACAAGGCACCCUCCACGCUCUCGAGCAGGAACCUCAUGCAGCACAACAAGCAAGAGGAAGGAGGGGACGGGUCGAGCGUGAAGGUCAAGGAAACGACCCCUUCCUCCUCCUCCUCCUCCUCCGCGUACAAACGCGUCACUGCGGCCUCCUUGGACCUUGCGCAGUGUAGGCUGAUCCUCGGGUGGAACGGAGGAGGGAUUUUCGUAUACAACUUCUCCUCUGGCACCCUCUUACAGAAGCUGGUGAGCGAUGCAUGGACGGACAUCAACUCUCUCGCCAUAGCAAAGCAGAGCACCAAGUCGAGCAAGAGCACCACGGAGCAGGAGGAGGCGGAAGGGGUGGUGGCUGCUGCGGAGGAGUCAGGGGUGGUCUGGUUGUUCCCCAACCGCGCGCCAAAGAGCGAGUUCUUUGUGAGGUACCUCAAGAAGCUCACCCGGACUUCGGGCAGCUUGCCGGACAUCUACCGCAUGUCCGCAAACAACCACAUUCUCUGCUGCGGCGCCUCCGACGGGUCGAUCGAAGUUUGGAACCUGGCGUCUGGGAGGAUGAUUACGUCGGCUCCUCCGAAGCCCUUCUUCCUCACUGUGACAGGUCAGACCUCCAUCGAGACUAUGCUCUUCUUCCGAGUUCCCAUCUCCCUCCGCGCCUCCUACCCCAAGGGCUUCCUGUACGCUACAGCGGGCGUCGACGGGACAGUUCGGAUCUGCAGCUCGGCGGACGCCAAGGAGCUGGCAGAGAUCGUGGUGUUCUUUGACGAAAGGAGGGAAAACUUGAUCAGCGCCAUGGCCGGGGACUCGUCGGACUCCCUGCUGGCAGUGGGAGACGCACUGGGUAACAUCUACGUGUUCAACGUGAAGACGCUGCUGAGGAAUGCAGUCAAGAGCAAGGUCGAAUCGUUCAGGGCGAGGAAGUUCAGCUUCAAGAGGACAGCCAGUAUCGUUUCCUCCUCCUCCUCCUCCAGGCUCUUCAACACCUCCCUGAUGUUCAAACGCGCCUCCAAGAAGCUCGACCUCGAGGCCACGGACGAGAAGCUGAUCAGCAGCCUCUACUCCCCGAUGGGGGAGCUGCUGGGGCGGCUGCUGGCGUCGGAGUCUCCUCCCUGGCAGCCCGCAAAGUUGAACAACGAGCUGAUGAAAUCCGCCGCCGUGCUGGACAUCCCGGAGUGGGGCACACAGUUUGACCUGCCGUCUCCUGUGCUGGAGAGGAGGACUAUGGUACUCGAGGUGACCUCCCUGAACAUCCCAGUCAUCGACGAUCCCUACGCCCUCCCAUCCUCCCAACAGGAGCCCGCCUCCUACCACCUCGGCUUCUUCCUGGACAGGAAGCAGACGCCCGAGGAAGAGUCCAGCAGGUGCUCAGGAGAAAGGCUGGGGUGGGAUGACAACUUCAAGAUCCCUAUCCUCCUGGAGAAUCGUCUCCUGUCCAUCGUCGUCUACAAGACGGAAGGGGGGGAUGCUGGUGGGCAGGGGGGGACCUCCGAGCCCAUAGGGGUCGUCAUGAUACCCAUCUGCAUGCUCACCCUGGGAAGGGAGCAGAGGGGGGUGAUAGCGCUGGACUCCCCGUCCAACUGGAAGGAGCUGAAAAACAUCAAGAAGGAGUGGUCGGAGCUGGAGGUGAAGGGAGGGGUAGAGCAGGAACAGGUUGUCCCCUCCUGCCAGCUGAGGGUCAGCCUGAUCAAGGCCAGCGAGGAGCACCUGGCCGAGCUGAACGCUGAGCAGAGGAGGAUGAAACACUUUGCGGCGAUCCGUCUGACCUCGUGGUGGAGCAACCUGAAGCUUGGGAUGCAGCAGCACAUCAGCCAGCGGCACCUGCAGAGCACAGUGGACGAAGAGCUCUUCCUCAAGAACCCUGACGGGUCUCUAUGCGAGUUCGGCUCGAAGCUCGUGCUCAAUCGCGUCCUGAACCACAGGGGAGAGUGGUGGCCCCCUCCCAGCAAGGAGGCGAGAGUGAACUACUGGCUGGAUGUGCAUAAGGAGGACCUAGGGAGCAUCUUGAACAAGGAGAGCAUCUGGAACAGGCCGCUUCCAGGCUGGGCCUCGCGCAUCAGCUACGAGAGGAUCCAAGCGCAGGAGGAGAAGACUCAUCAGCCGAGGAGGCCAUCAACAGCCCGUCCAAGCCGUUCAAGAGAGGACAGCAUCGUGUCAUCCGAAAUCAGCGCAGGAGGAGGAGGAGGAGGAGGAGGAGGAGGGAGUCAGACCGCAAGGAAUCUGAUCCCCCGCGUCGCCUUUCCCAAUCAGAGCCCGAGGAUCAAGACCAUCUCACAGCGGAGUUUGAAUCUUGUCAGCACCAGCAGCAGCACCAGCAGCAAACCUCCCCUCGCCGACUCCGCCGCCUCUUCCGCAGACUCUGAGUUCACGCCCAGGAAGCAGGUCCUCCCGGGCAGCCUCCUCGCGCUACAGGCAGACAAGGCAAGGCAGCUGAACUCAAGAACGAUGAAGAAAGCAGAGGAAGCGAGCGAACAGGAGCAGCAACUCAAGUCCUCCUCCUCCUCCUUGAUGAAGUUCGAGACUUCAGCCCUCAUAGAACCUCCCAACAAGAACGAGAAGUAUCGACGAUUCUCCGGUCUGCCGGUUCAGCCCCUACCUCCCAACUACGACAAGACUUUCGAUCGUCCCAGAGGCUCAGCACAGGACGGCGGUUCUGCCAAGGCUGCCGCAACCUCCUCGCAGCUGAUGCGACUGCCCUCGGAGGGGGCCAGGUAA